AUGACGGGAGACACUGUCCUCAAUGAUGUUGAAAUGGGUCCACAGUCUCCCACCGAUACCGAACGAACCAUUGGGGGCGAUGCCAUCAUCGAAAUCGGUGAAGAGGAUGGUGCCUCCACGAUCCGUUCUUCGUCCGAGUCCAGCUCGCGCUCGUCGGGAUAUGCCGUGCCUGCACAGCCUCCUCAAAACGAGAAGCAAAGACCAACUUUCCUACGACGCGUGACUGGCUCUUUCAAAUCUGAGCCGGAACCAGUCGGUGUGACGGAAAUAAAAACACGCCAAUUGGACAACACGCCCAACGGCUUUCCGAGACUCGCAGCUUUUCAAGCAUCCGAGUCCAACUUCUCUCUCUAUCGCUCAUUUACCUAUCUCCAUUCCCGCGUCCUGCUUGAUCUACAGGACGAAAUCACGACCCUAGAAAAAGAACUCGACGACAUCGACUGGGACGACUUCGACGAAAACCCCGACAGGCUGCGUUCACGUGAGAUCGACGUCGCAAAAGCCCAAGAUGAAGGCGACACUCGUAACAGAAGAGUCAUUCUGCGGGAAAUCAAAGCAAAAUUAAUGGAGUACGAUAAAGUCCUCAUCAAAGCUCGAACUCUAGACAGCUUCCAGAAACCGAGCGACCGCAAUUACCGCAGCGUGCGCCGCUUCCACCACAACCACAAGCCGCUCAUGGACGCCGAGACGGAAUCGAUCCGCAGCAAGGAAGAUACCGUCUCGCUGCGUAACAGUGGUCGUGAGGGCGGCAGCUUCGACGGCGGCCUCGAAAAGACCAUCUUCAAGAUCGAUGAGUGGCUCAAGCGUAUCAUUAAAAACUUUGGAGUCACCGAUGUCCACUCGCCGCUCGGGCAAUACUUCCAAUCCCCUGAACUCCGCGCCAAAACAACCAAUAAAUACAUCACCCUAUACAGCUCAACUCGCAUCGACAAGCUCGCCAAUAUCCUCAUCACUCUUGUCAUCUUCGCCCUGCUCGUAGUCCCCGUCGUUGCCAUGUACCUGCUUACUUCCACGAACGUGCACACCGGCACCGGGUCGGGUCUCUCGAGUUCCUCAGCCGUUUCUCCCUUGGACUCUAACACACGGGAUACGCUGAACGCGGUUGGGUUGUUGAUUGUGUUUACGCUGCUUUUCAGCGCGGCGAUGUCGUUGUUGACGAAAGCGGCGAGACACGAGCUUUUCGCUGCGAGUGCAGCUUAUUGUGCAAUCUUGGUCGUGUUUAUCGGGAACUUUACGGGGCCGGGUAAUUGAGUGAUGUAGUAACGAAUAAUGAAUCAUGUCUUAUCAUAGUGGCUGACAUAACAGACUGGACCUCUGGUAAGCUAAUGCUGUUGUAACUUACUCUACAUUGAGAAACAGCUCAAGGGUUGGGUGCAAGAAAAAACGAAAACUGA